UCUCAGUUCAUUUCAAUCAUAUGGGCAUUGCCGGUGGAUGUCCUAUAAGAAGAACCUAGUGUCACCAGCCUAAGGCAAACAAAGAAAAUGAAUUUACUCAUUUUACUCUGCUUCAUCUUUCUCUCCCCGGCUUUCACAUCUGCAGAUAUAUUAUUUCAGGGAUUUAACUGGCAGUCAUGGAGGAAGGAAGGAGGAUUCUACAACUUCCUAAAGAGUUCCGUUCCUGAGCUUGCUAGUUCGGGAAUUACUCAUGUCUGGCUUCCACCACCCUCCCAAUCUAGAGACCCUGAAGGAUACUAUCCAGGAAGGCUCUAUGACCUGAACGCAUCAAAAUAUGGCUCUCAGGCAGAACUAAAGUCCCUGGUUGAGGCUUUCCAUCAAAAUGGAAUAAAAUGCAUAGCUGACAUUGUUGUGAAUCAUAGGUCUACAGAAAGAGAAGAUGCACAAGGAGUAUUCUUUGAAGGUGGAACUCCAGAUGGCCGUCUAGAUGGGGGACCAUCCUUAAUUUGCAAUAAUGACCCCAACUUUACGUACGGCACCGGGAGUCCUGAUUCAGGCAGGGAUUUCCCCUUUGGCCCUGAUGUUGACCUUCUCAACACGACCACACAGCAGCAGUUAUCAGAUUGGAUGAACUGGUUAAAGACGGAUAUUGGAUUUGAUGGCUGGCGAUUUGAUUUUGUAAUAGGUUAUGCAACUAGCAUCACCAAAUUUUUCAUGGAACAAACUAAACCCGACUUUGCAGUUGCGGAGAAAUGGGAUGACUUUACACUGGGCCAGGAAGAUGCACAUCGUAAUGCACUAAGAGAUUGGGUUGGAGCUGCAGGUGGAGCUAUCACAGCUUUCGAUUUUACAACGAAAUUUAUAUUUAAUCAAGCUAUAAAAGGAGAGCUGGGUCGUUUAAAGGACUCAAAUGGAAAUCCAGCAGGAAUGAUUGGAGUAUUACCUCAAAAUGCUGUUACUUUUAUUGACAACCAUGACACUUGGUCUCAACGACUUGCCCCAUUUUCAGAUGAUCCCGACAAAGUCGCACAGGGCUACGUUUACAUUCUCACACAUCCUGGCAUCCCAUCCAUUUUUUAUGAUCACUUCUUGGAAUGGGGUUUAAAGGAUCCAAUCAAAAAUUUGACAGCCAUUAGGAAGAAGCAUGGAAUCAAUCCAACAAGCAAAGUUAAGAUUCUAGCGGCUGAAUCUGAUCUCUAUAUGGCAGAAAUUGAUGAGAAAAUCAUAAUGAAGAUUGGGCCAAAGGGGGACCUUGGAAACCUUCUUCCAUCUACCUACCAGCUUGCUUACCCUGGAAAAGACUUCGCUGUAUGGGAAAAGAUAUGAGGGGAUAAAGAAUUAUGCUUAGAAAGAAUAGUCACUAGGAUGAUCUUAUAGAGUCUGUUCUUGUUCUUGCUAAUAAAAGAGUUUCUGUAUCAGAAUUAAUGCAAACAAAAGAAAAAUAAAUAACAUUAUACAUAUUGAAGGAUUA